UCACUCAGUUAGUAAGAGGCAGAUGCAGGAUCAGUAUCGGGCAGCAGGCUCUGGAGUUCACACUCUUCACCUUGACAUGGCACUGCCCAGUGGAUGCGGGGGCCUGAGCUUCUCAGUGCAUGUUGGUUACAGUAGAGGAGAAGGGGCUCUGAGGGUAGACCCUGUGUGUGUGUGCGUGCACGCGUGGGUGAUCAGAUAGCCGAGGGGUUUAUGUCCAAGUUCACAUCUCUUUUCUCUCCAUCUCCCCUGACCCCACCCCAGGGUGCAGGAGAGAAAGGAGCAAAAGGAGAGCCCGCAGUGAUUGAAAAGGGGCAGCAGUUUGAGGGACCUCCAGGAGCCCCAGGACCCCGAGGGGUGGUUGGCCCCUCAGGCCCUCCUGGCCCCCCAGGAUUCCCUGGCGACCCUGGUCCACAGGGCCCUGCUGGCCUCCCAGGAAUCCCCGGCGUUGAUGGGAUCCGAGGCCCACCGGGCACUGUGAUCAUGAUGCCGUUCCAGUUUGCAGGCGGCUCCUUUAAAGGACCCCCAGUCUCAUUCCAGCAGGCCCAGGCUCAGGCAGUUCUGCAGCAGACUCAGCUCUCUAUGAAAGGCCCCCCUGGUCCAGUGGGGCUCACUGGGCGCCCAGGCCCUGUGGGUCUCCCCGGGUAUCCAGGUCUGAAAGGAGAGGCGGGAGCAGAAGGGCCACAGGGUCCCAGAGGCCUGCAGGGACCUCAUGGACCCCCUGGCCGAGUGGGCAAGAUGGGCCGCCCUGGAGCAGAUGGGGCUCGGGGCCUCCCAGGGGACACCGGACCUAAGGGUGAUCGUGGCUUCGAUGGCCUCCCAGGGCUGCCUGGUGAGAAGGGCCAAAGGGGUGAUUUUGGCCAUGUGGGGCAACCCGGUCCCCCAGGAGAGGACGGUGAGAGGGGAUCAGAGGGACCUUCAGGGCCCACUGGCCAGGCUGGGGAGCCGGGUCCACGAGGACUGAUUGGCCCCAGAGGCUCCCCUGGCCCCACGGGUCGCCCGGGUGUGACUGGAAUUGACGGUGCUCCUGGUGCCAAAGGCAAUGUGGGUCCUCCAGGAGAACCGGGCCCUCCAGGACAGCAGGGAAACCAUGGGUCCCAGGGACUCCCCGGUCCCCAGGGACUCAUCGGCACUCCUGGGGAGAAGGGUCCUCCUGGAAACCCAGGAAUUCCAGGCCUCCCAGGAGCGGAUGGCCCUCCGGGUCACCCAGGACAUGAGGGCCCCACGGGAGAGAAAGGGGCCCAGGGUCCACCAGGGUCGGCAGGCCCUGCGGGCUAUCCUGGACCUCGGGGAGUGAAGGGCACUUCAGGCAACCGGGGCCUCCAGGGGGAGAAAGGCGAGAAGGGAGAGGACGGCUUCCCGGGCUUCAAGGGCGAUGUGGGGCUCAAAGGUGAUCGGGGGAAACCCGGAGCUCCAGGUCCCCGGGGAGAGGAUGGUCCUGAGGGGCUGAAGGGGCAGGCGGGGAAGGCUGGCGAGGAGGGGCCCCCAGGCUCAGCUGGGGAGAAGGGCAAGCUUGGGGUACCAGGCCUCCCAGGUUAUCCAGGACGCCCUGGACCUAAGGGAUCCAUUGGAUUUCCCGGGCCCCUGGGACCCAUAGGAGAGAAAGGGAAGUCGGGAAAGGCAGGACAGCCAGGCCUGGAAGGAGAGCGGGGACCACCAGGCUCCCGUGGAGAGAGGGGGCAACCGGGUGCCACAGGGCAACCAGGCCCCAAGGGCGAUGUGGGCCAGGACGGGGCCCCCGGGAUCCCUGGAGAAAAGGGCCUCCCUGGUCUGCAAGGCCCUCCAGGAUUCCCUGGGCCAAAGGGCCCCCCUGGUCACCAAGGUAAAGAUGGGCGACCAGGGCACCCUGGACAGAGAGGAGAAUUGGGUUUCCAAGGUCAGACAGGCCCGCCUGGACCAGCUGGUGUCUUAGGCCCUCAGGGAAAGACAGGAGAAGUGGGACCUCUGGGUGAAAGGGGGCCUCCAGGCCCCCCUGGACCUCCUGGUGAACAAGGUCUUCCUGGCCUGGAAGGCAGAGAGGGGGCGAAGGGGGAGCUGGGACCACCAGGACCCCUUGGGAAGGAAGGGCCAGCUGGACUCAGGGGCUUUCCCGGCCCCAAGGGGGGCCCUGGGGACCCGGGACCUACUGGCUUGAAGGGUGAUAAGGGCCCCCCGGGGCCUGUGGGGGCCAAUGGAUCCCCUGGUGAGCGGGGUCCUGUGGGCCCAGCAGGAGGCAUUGGACUUCCUGGCCAAAGUGGCAGCCAAGGCCCUGUUGGCCCUGCAGGCGAGAAGGGGUCCCCGGGAGAACGUGGUCCCCCUGGCCCCACCGGCAAAGAUGGGAUCCCAGGGCCCCUGGGGCCUCUGGGACCCCCUGGAGCUGCUGGGCCUUCUGGCGAGGAAGGGGACAAGGGAGAUGUGGGUGCCCCUGGACACAAGGGGAGUAAAGGCGAUAAAGGAGAUGCGGGCCCACCUGGACAACCAGGGAUACGGGGUCCUGCAGGACACCCAGGUCCCCCGGGAGCAGACGGGGCUCAGGGGCGCCGGGGACCCCCAGGCCUCUUUGGGCAGAAAGGAGAUGAUGGAGUCAGAGGCUUUGUGGGGGUGAUUGGCCCUCCUGGACUACAGGGGCUGCCAGGCCCUCCCGGAGAGAAAGGGGAGGUCGGAGACGUCGGGUCCAUGGGUCCCCAUGGAGCUCCAGGUCCUCGGGGUCCCCAAGGUCCCAGUGGAUCAGAGGGCACUCCAGGACUGCCCGGAGGAGUUGGUCAGCCAGGCGCUGUAGGUGAGAAGGGUGAGCCAGGGGAGGCUGGAGACCCAGGGCCUCCGGGAGCCCCAGGCAUCCCGGGGCCCAAGGGAGACACUGGUGAAAAGGGGGACUCAGGCCCAUCUGGAGCUGCUGGACCCCCAGGCAAGAAAGGUCCCCCUGGAGAGGAUGGAGCCAAAGGGAACGUGGGCCCCACGGGGCUCCCCGGAGAUCUAGGGCCCCCAGGAGACCCUGGAGUUUCAGGCAUAGAUGGUUCCCCAGGGGAGAAGGGAGACCCUGGUGAUGUUGGGGGACCGGGUCCGCCUGGAGCUUCUGGGGAACCUGGCGCCCCCGGGCCCCCUGGCAAGAGGGGUCCUUCAGGCCCCAUGGGUCGAGAAGGCAGAGAAGGGGAGAAAGGUGCCAAGGGGGAACCAGGUCCUGACGGGCCCCCAGGGAGGACGGGUCCAAUGGGGGCUCGAGGGCCCCCUGGACGUGUGGGGCCUGAGGGUCUUCGAGGGAUCCCCGGCCCUGUGGGUGAACCAGGCCUCCUGGGAGCCCCUGGACAGAUGGGCCCUCCCGGCCCCCUGGGGCCCUCUGGCCUCCCAGGGCUGAAGGGAGAUGCUGGCCCCAAGGGGGAAAAGGGCCACAUUGGAUUGAUCGGUCUCAUUGGCCCCCCGGGGGAAGCCGGUGAGAAAGGAGAUCAGGGGUUGCCAGGUGUGCAGGGACCCCCUGGUCCCAAGGGAGAUCCUGGCCCCCCUGGUCCCAUUGGCUCUCUGGGCCACCCUGGUCCUCCAGGUGUGGCGGGCCCCCUGGGACAGAAAGGCUCAAAGGGGUCUCCGGUGAGUACACCCUGCUUCCGUGGGCUUACAUACGCCAGCUUCCCAUCCCCUCCGCUCUACCAGAGCCCUCCACGCCUCUGCCUUCAUUUAGUUAUUUAUUCAUGCAAUC